AUGGGAAGUAGUAGUAAAGAGGUGGGGUUGCGCCUGAAGGCAGCGGCGGAGGCGGCGAUCGCGGCGGUCGGGUUGGGAUACGAUGUGGCGGAGGAUUUGAGGUUGAAGUACUGUAAAGGGAAGUCGCCGGAGUCGAGAUUGAUCGGAAUAGAUGAUGAACAGGUUAGGGAUAUCGUGAUUCCUGGUGGGAUUUUGAUUCAAAAUGUAUCAAAAUCGAUUAACUGUGAUAAAGGUGAAAGGAUGCGAUUCAGCUCAGACGUUCUAUCUUUUCAGCAGAUGGCGGAACAAUUUAACCAGGAUGUAGCGCUCUCCGGACGAAUCCCGACAGGCCAAUUCAAUGCUGCAUUCGAGUUCACAGGAUCUUGGCAAAAAGAUGCAGCCAACACGAAAGCCCUCGCGAUAGAUGGCGUAUUCAUAACGCUUUACAGCAUCACCCUUGAGAAAUCCCAAAUGACGUUAAGUGAUCAAGUAAAAAACGCGGUUCCAUCUACAUGGGAACCUGCAGCAUUGGCCAAGUUUAUCGAAAAGUUUGGUACUCAUGUGAUUGUUGGUGUGAAAAUGGGAGGAAAAGACGUCGUGUAUAUGAAGCAACAACAUUCGUCAACUCUUCCGUCCGACGAGGUGCAAAGAAAGCUCAAGGAUGUAGCGGAAAAGCGAUUCAGUGGACAGCGCAACGAUGCCCCAAGAAAAACCCGUGAUUUGGAGCCGCUUGAAAGGAAUGACUAUGGCUUGAUCGCACUGGAUCCGGCAGUCGAGGAUGUAACUCUUUUCUGGAGAAGGAGAGGAGGAAGCUACGGCAAAAACCUCGACCAUCGCACAUGGUGUCAAACGGUUCAACUUGAACCCGAAGUGAUCUCCAUGUCGUUUGUUCCAAUCACAUCGUUAUUGAGCGGAAUUGAUGGCAACGGAUUCCUGACUCACGCCAUCAAUCUUUAUAUACGAUAUAAACCACCAAUCGAAGAGCUUCAGCAGUUUUUAGAGUUUCAACUUCCGAAGCAAUGGGCACCAGAGUUCGGCGUGCUUGCAGUCGGUCCCGAGGGGAAACAGCAAAACAAUGCAUCGUUACAGUUCAGAUUUUUGGGCCCGAAGCUCUACGUUAACACCAAUCAGGUGGAUGUCGGAGACAAGCCGGUGACGGGCCUUCGCCUUUAUUUAGAAGGAAAGCGAAACGAUUGCUUAGCGAUCCAUUUGCAGCACCUCUCAUCCAUGCCGAAAAGCUUCAACGUCACGCUCGGAUCAUACACGAACUCAGCUACAAGCUAUGGUGACCGAAGGUACCACGAGAAGGUCCAAUGGAAAAGCUUCUCACACAUAUGCACGGCCCCGGUGGAGUCGGAAGACGAACUCGCGGUUGUCACCGGUGCCGAGUUCGAAGUGAGCGACACCGGUCUAAAACGAGUCCUGUUCUUACGUCUUCGUUUUGCAAAAGUGGUGGGGGCCACAGUGGUGAGACAACCCGAAUGGGAUGGCUCACCGGUUCUGAGUCAAAAAUCAGGGAUCGUUUCGACCCUGAUGUCCACUCGGUUUUCGAGCGUUCAAACACCGCCACCGCAGCCAAAAGACAUCAACGUGAACUCGGCGUUGCCACGUGGGCCGCCGGUGUCGGCUCAUGGAAAGAAGCUGUUGAAGUUUGUGGAUACAACGGAAUUAACGAGAGGGCCUCAGGAUUUGCCGGGUUAUUGGGUUGUAUCGGGCGCUAGGCUCAUGGUCGAUAAGAGUAAGAUAUCAAUGCGUGUCAAGUUUUCGCUUUUGGCUGUGUUUUCGGCUGAUGACGAGAUCUCGUUGUAAUAUCAUUACAACGAGUCGUUAUCGUUCAGGAGGUCAUGGUUUUAAACCUUGUUUUUUUAUUAAUUUGAUCGGUGAAACUUAGAAUUUAUUCUAAGUUUUUUUUGUAUAUUUUGAAGCAGGCGUACGUGAAUGAUGCAUAAAUACGUCUAUUCUGUUGUAAAUGAUGAUCCGAUUAUAAUAACCUAUUUUUGUAUUUU